AUGAGGAUAGAAGGAGAAAAAGGUGUGAAAACACAAUCCGCGCCAAACAUUGGCCGCGGACGCGCAAAAGUGAAUUUGGCCGAGCAAUUCCAUUCGGGCCGACCACCGGUCGAGCCGGGAAGGAAUAGCUGUGCUCGGCCGGAUUCACUCUAUCGCGCGACAGAAACCGUUCGCGCGACACGCACGAACCGGGAAAGAUUAGGCCGCGAUCGGCCGAUUUUGCAUCGGAACGGACCGACCGUGCCGGUCGAUCCGGGAAACAACUCGGCCUCGGCCGAAAUCUCUCGGCCAUUCGAAAUUUGGCCGACCAAAUCGCUCGACCGCGACAAAAUCCAUCGGCCAUCGGCCCAAACUUUUCUAGGCCAAGGUAAGUACACAAUGGCAAAGACAAAAGGAAAUGAGAGUAUGAAGAAGAAGAAGAACCCAUUCAUGGAACCACCAAAGAAGCAAAUCAAGCUAGGGAGUAGUAGCUCCAAUGCAAGAGCAGCAAUACCAACUUCACCACAUUCCAUUGAUGCAAUCAAGAACAUGUGGAGAGUCCAAGAAGAGGAGAAGAUGAUUGGGCACUUGUAA